CAGGCCUCUGUGCUGGCACUGGGUUCUGGAUUUUUGCUCUUCGAGCUCGAACUCUUGGAGACCUUGAGGCGCUGCCACAGCAUAGUGCCAUCUAUUGUGCGCCUGGUCGAUCCUCUUUAUCGCCCCGCAGCUGACUGCAGCGCCACGCGGAGACGCCAACAUGCAUUUGCUCUGGAAGCGAUAGAGGAAUUCAGGACAUGGUUCCCGGACACAUCGGUUGUGACAUAUGGUUCCGUUGCAGAGCUCAAAGACGAGGAGAUCUCAGUGGACCUCGUGCUGCAAUUGGAUGCUGAAGCGUUAAAUUAUGAGGAUGUUGUCCCAUUCCUUUCUCGCUUGUCACCGUGGGGCCUGUUUCUACGUCUAAGUGGCUGCGAGGGACACGGUGAAGAUGGUGAUCUUUUCCGUCGUCUCUUGAAAGCCACUGCUGAUGGGGAGGCCAUCUGGCGGAGCACCGUUUCAGCUGAUGCCCUGCAGCGGAAAAACUUCCAAGCCCCAGAGCUGCCAGAGCUGCGCCGGCGGUACUUGGAAAGGUUUGUGCAUGCCUCCCCUCAGAGCAGGGAAGGGCGGCUCUUUCGAGUCACCGCAGAUGGAGUGCCCAAAGGUUUAGUUGUCAUCCGCGACGCUCCACGACUUGAUGGUCGGCUGAUUGGUUGCAAGCACCGGGGGGAUCUGGUCGUGGCCAAUCACGAGGAGUGGCCUUGGGUGUAGCUGUCCUUGGAGGACUGAGCCUACUAGUAGUGAGGCAAGUAUACUCAGUUGAUCUCAGCUGCAUAUUCGGUAUGUACUAUAAAUGUCGACUAUGCAGUUUGUCUUGCAUACGUGUUUGACUCGCAACUUGAUUGACUGCAGAUAUCUUUUCGUGCCAAGAGAACUUUAAAGGGCGCAUCUCCAGCUUGAGGACAACUGGCUGGCAGAGACAAUGGAGCUUUUCAGGCUAGAAGGGAGGCGCGACCUUCCGCAAGCUUGGAUGCUGAAAGAUGGAGAAGCGUUGGGAUUUGGCACGCUCCUGCAAGAGCUUGACCUGAAAGAGGGUCGAAGUGUAUGCUCAGAGGGGC